UAUUCGCUGGCGUUUUUGUGUUGUUUGUCCUUUACGCAAUACGGAGGCUUCUUUAAAAGCCUGUAAUUUAGUAUUGCGCAGAGGUUGAUGCGUAUCACAAUAUGCAGGAUAGGCAGGGUUAUUUAAGCUCAUUGCUGCUGUCCUUCACGUGUAACCUCUGAACAGUUCAUGUGGCGUUGACAUUAGCUCGGAACAGCGAGUUAAGCUACAAUCCAGCUUGUGUCAAGAUGUCCUCUUAUGAUGAGAAUGAGUCCAAGUUGCUGCGAAAGGCAAAGGAAAAUCCCUUUAUCCCACUGGGAUUGGCUGGGUCCGUAGCAAUUGUUGGAUACAGAAUGAUGAAAAUGAGAAAUCGGGGAAAUACGAAAAUGUCCCUUCACCUUAUUCAGACCCGUGUAGCUGCCCAAGGCUUUGUGGUUGGAGCCGCGGUCAUUGGGGUCUUGUAUUCGAUGUACAUAGACCACUUCUCAAAACCCAAAGAUCAACAGAAGUAGACGCAAGUGUACGUGGACACCGAUAUUUUAUGUCCCUUAAUAUCGCUUCAUAUUAAGGUGUGUAGAACGUCAAGAUGUGUCGUGUGUACACAUCCCUUCAGCAACUUCCCGCCACUGUAAAUAGUUAUAAUAAUCACAUCAUCACCACCACAUUUCCUGUCCUCUGCAUAGCACAUCAGAGGGUCAAGCAAUCACUUCUGUAUCAGAAAGGAGGUGUAAUUGAUCUCAGCUGUUUUAACACCCCAGUGUGUGCUGAGUGUUUGCAGUUGUAGAUCCAGUUGGUCUGAAAUCUGUGUGGACAGAUGGCAUUGCAGAUAACAUUUUGUUGCCUCUGUUUCAAACGAUGGGUGAGUGAAAUAUCAAAAAUGAGAAAAUCUAGUAAAUCAACUGAAAACAGUAUGACUAGGCUAAACCUAGAUUAUGAACGUUUGCCAAAUUAAAAAUGUUUGCACUUUUUUUGGGAUUUUUUUUUUUUGGAUUGGCAUCCUAGUGAAUAUGGACAGCUUUGAUAACAUGCACUUUCGAGACAAGGCCUGUGCUUUCACAUUAUUUUAGUAACAAGGACACAAAUGCUUUUUGGUUCAUCACAGACUGGUCAGACUGGACCGAAACACAUGGAAAAAGGAAAAGGGACAAAACCCAUAAAGGCCUCUCGUAGAAAUAAAAUCUGUUUCAUUCAACAGGCAUAUUUUUAUUAUUACGUUAUGAUACACUGGGGUGCAAUGCUUCAUUACAGCAGCUUCCAGACUCUUCAUCAGACACGUGAGCUAAAUUAACGGAGGUACACCUGCAGACUGUGCAGUAACCUAUAAAAUAUCUUAUAUAUUGUGAUAUUCUUAAAUAGAUGCCUUGUUAAGUUAUUCACAAAGUUGUGUUGGAUGUUGUGUGCAAAUACUGUGAUUUUUGAUUUUAUUUUUUUCUGGGAAUAAAAAAAUAUUAGUUUGUUAUUCUGAAAUUUUGCUGUUGUUUUGAAACCUCUCCAACUUGUACUGACAAUGUAAUUUUAACUUUUGUCGCUUAAAUAAAUAAGCUUUGUUAGAAACACAUCUCAGUAAAACCUAUAUAAAUUAGCCGCACCACAAACCACAGUUUUCAAAGUGACUGUUAAGUUCUGCUCCAUCUCUGUAACCAUUGCAAUAAAAGGUGAAACUUU